UGCUUGAUGUCAGUGGAUCUUUAUGUUAAAAACCCUGUUGUCUUUGAUGAUCUCCUAAAUGUGCCGUGAAACAGUGUCCUCUGAUGUGUUAUCAUUUAUUUAAUACAUGAUUCUUAAAUAAUAAACUGUAUUUGAGAAGCUUUCACUUUUAUCAGGGAUUAAAAAUGACAGAUUCAUCAAACCUGUACAAAUUAGUUUUGUUAUAUUGAACAAAUGUUAGUUUUUGUCUUAAACAACGAAUAAUCGCCAUGACGCAAUAAUUUACAAGACGUUUUAAAUGUUGCAUUGCCCCCUUUGGAUAUUAAGUACGACCUCUCUCAUGUAACUUUUUCCAACAUUGCAAAAUUAUUUGUACAUCAACACUAACUGUUUUUGUAGAAUAAUUACAUAUUGACAUUCAGAUAAGGGUGAGAAAAUGCCCUAUUGACCUCCAUAAUCUCAAUGCAUGACAUUUAAUAAUAACUAAAAGGAAGGCAUGUCAGUGUGUGUUGAGAGACAUAUAAAACAGCUAGCCUGUCUGACCAGGUCACCUGAAUUCCUAAUUCCUACCAAGAAAUACAAAACGGGUGUCAGUUUAGAGACAAAAAAGAGCAACAGUAGCUGCCACUUGUCCACACACUUCCUUCUGAUAAGGUAUAAAUAGGAGCAGAUGAGGAAGUCCAGUCAGCCUCAGCUCUGAAUGUGUUCAUAUCAAAGUGUUUACAGAACGACCUCCUUCGCUUUCUACACGGUGCUUUAGAUUGUUACUCUCAUUAGAAAACACUUCAAAUACUAUACAAGCUACUUAUGUGAAAAUAUGUGUGAUGUUUGGUGCCUGCUGUCCUGAAAGUGUUAUGAUGCAUGUGUUUCGGUGAAAUGUGAGCUGCAAAAGCUGAGCGCCCCAGAAAAGCAUUUUCUUGUCCUGAUGUGUUCCGAUGCUUCAUAUGUUGACUGGAGCCAUGGGCUGGAAAGAGUGAUCGCCUCGAGACGAGGAAAGCAGGUGUCUUACCUGGACCAAAGCAAACACCAGCUGCUUGAAGACGGCCAGCUCUCCAUUAAAGACCUGCAGGAAUCAGACGCAGGACAAUAUUACUGCAACCAUCAGCUAGUGGCAGAUAUCACCGUGCUCAAAGGUCAUAACUUCACAGUUCCUGUGGGCACAACUGUCUAUCUGCCAUGCAAAACGUCUGAUAAACUGAAGCAACGAUGGGCGUUCAAACGCACUCCUCGGUCCAGAAAAGAUUUCAUCUCCACGCUUUAUAAAAACAACACCGUAAAGAAAGAGAGAGCCGAUCCAACAUUAAGAUUCACUCAUACCACAGACCACCUGAUCAUCUCCAGUAUCCAGCUGCAGGACUCUGGGCUUUAUCUGUGCAACAACAGAGAGAUGGCUGUCCUUACAGUGACCACAGAAUCGGCUGAAACUGAGAGCAGCAGUGCGGAUAUAAAUAAAUAUUUGACGGCGGCCGUCCUGCUGGCUCUCUGCAUGCUGGCGAUGCUUUGUGUCGGCCUUCUGUCUGUGACCAUCGGCUGGAAAAGCAGGAGAAGAAACUUCAGAAAAGAAACAGAGCCAACAGGAAUCGCAUCAGGUCUACAGUUACAAAGGAUGUCAAACGAAGGCCCCUGGACGCCGGACACUCAUGAGGAUGCACUGUGUGUUCAGGGGGAGAUCCAGUACGCCUCUCUGGCUGAACAUCACUGGACACAGACGGACAGACAGCGGAGCAGCAGACAGCAAGUCAUUUACUCAACACUGAUCACCUCAUGAAAACAACACACUCGUUCACACGGGACACCUACAGUCUAUAUGAGUUGACUAUACGUAACUAUAACAUUAAUGCACUUAUAUCUUAGCUUUAUGGGUCAUCUUAAGAAAGCAAGCUUAUAUAUAAUUAAACAAAUUAAAAAGAAACCAAAGAAUACAGCAGUCAUAAUAUAGUAAUAUAGCACAUGACAUAUACACUACCAUACAAAACAAAGAUACUAGAAAUUGGUGACAGUAAAUACUUUUGUAAUGUUACAAAUGCUGUUCUCUUAAAAUUUAUAUAUAAAGAAUCCUGAUAUAAUAAAUUAUGAUUCUGAAAAUAAAUGGUUAAAACUUAUUUUAUAUUUCAACUAAAUGUAGUCAUGUUGAACAAAACAGACUUCAACCCUAAACUUUUGAAUGGUAGAGUAUAUAUAUAUAUAUAUAUAUAUAUAUACAGGUUGAUAUGGGUGUAGGUAGAGCAGACUCAAACUCUCUCUGUUAAUAUGAAAGAAAUGAAAAGCGGUGAAAUCAGAGCAUGUGGUUGGCUAUAGCUGCGUAUGUCACAUUGACAGGAGCUGGAGUUAUGGCUCUGGACCGCCGGAGGAAGCGGAGACUGGCGUACUGGACAUCUGCUGCCUGGAAAACAACAACCCUGUGUUAAUGAACCAAUAUGCCAUUAUUAUGCUACUUUAUUGCAUAUCUCCUUUCAAUUUCAGAGAAUCAAAUCCAUCCCACCUUGACAUUUGAGUUUUCUUUCACGCAGCUGAUGCAAGAGAUCCUGGAAGAACCUAAAAGAGAAACAUGUGAAAUUAUUUUUGGUUCAUUGAUUACCAUUUGAAUAACCAGUUUUAUUACUAAUACCAAGGUUAAACUAUGGUUUGUGUAGCAAGGCCGUAGAUAAUUUGUGGUUACUGUGGUUUAACUACACAGCAAAAAUUGGAGAGUUGAAAUUUUGAUGUUAAACAAAAUUGAUUGAUUUUAACACCCGAAAGAGUCAUUUUAACACAUUCAGAGUAAAAUGGCGUUUGGUGUUAUUGCACAGAGUUGAUUAUCAGUGGUAAAACAACUCUGUAAAGAUGUAAUUAGACUCCGCCCACGCAGUUCAAAUCGCAUGCUGGUGAAAUCCAUAAAGAUGCCACCAUUAUCUUCGAGUGUGUUUAAAAGGCAAGUUACAUUAAGUCAUACUUAAGCAUUUGUAAUUUGGUGCUAAGUCAACAGUAAAUUGUACAAUAUUCUUUCCGUGGAACACUGCACAAAAAUGUUAUAUUAAAAUUUGGAAGUAAACGCA